AGCGGAGGCUGCGCCGCAGACAGAGGUGAGAUGGCGCCGAGAGAGGAAGGAGAGCUGUGAGAUGGCGGCGGCGGUGCAAAUUCCUCUCCCAUCGCUCAAUAAACGUUAUCCCUGUAUAUAAUCCUCCCGUUCCUACACAGAUAGCCUAGCGGCACCAUGGGGGAUACCAAGAGCGCUACCGAGGGAAAGGGGAGCCCCAGAGAAGCCGAAGAGACGGCGAGUAAAUUGGGACAAAAUGGAGAAGUCGGCGAAACCCAGGCGCUGCCGCUAUUGAAGCGCAGUAACAGCGCAGAGACGGGGCACAAACCCCCGGAGGAAGCUCCCAGGAGCAGGCGCUUUCAGAUUCCCAGGAAGAGCCGCGAUAAGAGAGCUCUUCAGGUUAUUAAUUCUGGCUCUCGGGAGUUUGAAGAGAUUUUGAAAAUUCUUCAUUCAGCGUACUUGGAUGCAAACUCAAAAGCCAGUUUCUCAUACAAAUAUGCCCGACUGGUUCAUAAUGAAUUCUUGGAAAAAGAGUUUACUGAGAAGCGAAGGCAGUUGAAAUUUGAUGGUCGACUAGAUAAAGAACUUGCUGAAUCUUAUGCGUUUCUUUUGGUUGACCAAGAUCAGAUGAAUAGUAUAUCUGAGAAAGGUUUACACGUGGGGCAUUCUAGAAUGACUACCCUGGGCAAACCUAGCAUGGGGGUGUAUCUGGCAAGGUAUGCAGAUCUGUUGCAGGCCAAUCCUUUAGAAACUGGGGCAACUGGAGAUAUUUUCAUAUUUAAAGUUAUAAAGGGGAAAAUGAAGUAUGUUUUUGAUCACAUUAGGAGUAACCAGAUGGAUUCAUUUAGUGGUAAUGGAGGUUUGGACCCAGUGCCCAAACAUGAAUGUCAUGUCUUAAAAAACAUGAACGCAGUGACAGCAUUGCUCGGCUACAGAGCAUUUGAACGUACCCAGUACUAUUUUUAUGAGUAUGGGUUUGAUGAGGUCCUCAAGAGACCCAGGCACGUUUGUCCGUAUGCCAUUGUGUCGUUCGGCUAUAAAGAUGAAUUGGCAACAAGGCAGCCUUCCUUGCCCUCAUCUGGACCCGUUAGUUUCACCUCUGAGAGAAGCUUUGAUAGGAGCAGUUUCACGUUAUGGAGAGGGCCGCUUCUAAACAAAGGAAAGCUGUUGUGCUACGCGUCCCUGAAAUCAACAAGUGGCCCCUUUAUCCCAUAUAGGCUCCCUGAGAAGCUGGACUUGGAUAUUAUCGUUAAAAUUGAGCUGAUUAAGAAGAGCAUUCCGGCAGUGUUAUUUUAUAAGGAAACUCACAAUAAACCAAAUGAAGCAAAGCAUGGUGGGAUGUACAGCCGGCUCUAUGAAGUAGUUGAGAAGACGAGAACUGCCAGUCAGUUGCAGGGAUUACUUCAGAAACUAGAAAGAGAGAACCUGGCUUUAGUUAAACCACUGGAUGACAGAGGCUUCAUGUUCCUGUUUUUCCCAUCACCUAUGACUUCUUCGUACGCUGCUGCAAAGACCCGCCUCCUACACGCCCUGUUUGUUUAUCACGAGUCCAGAGUGACCCUACCUGUCGCCAGUGUUCCGGUACCAUCAUCCCUUGUGCCUGAAAGCCACGAGUUUAUGCCAGAAUUGUUAACGUUCAUUCCCGCUCUGUAUUUUGCUCUUCACAAGAGCCAAUCGGACACCACUGCCGACUUCAACGACGUAGUCGCAAAACAUUUACGUAUUUAUUUAAAGCGCCGAGCAGAGAAAUCGUAUAAGUUCAAGGAAUAUGCUCUCAAGCCCUACGAUGCUCGAUUGGAUUACAAAAAAAGUCUUUAUGUCGCGCCCAGAGUUAAAGGCCACAUUGAGUCUUCUCUUCGCAAUUAUAUAUUUGGUUCGGAAGCCUAUUCUAUAUCCGUCGAUAAAGCCAAGGAGAUUGUUAAGGAGAACCAGAGGUUUCCACAGUUUAGCCCAGUGUCCGACUACGAACCCACUGAAGAUGACCACGACAACACCAAAUACAACAAAAAGGCACCCGUUUCUUACGCCGAAACCAACAGCGAAAAGGCCUGUGAGAAUACGGACUGGGACAUCGACAAAAUCAACGGCUUGAUAAACUUAAUCCAAAAAAAGAAACAGAGCAAACCGGAGACGGAGGAGCCGGCAAGCGUCGGGCUGAAAAGAAAACACGAAAGGGACCCAGAAAAUGUAUGGAAGCACCGAAAAUGUGAAGACAACUUUCACCAUGAUAACGAACCAGGUGAAAGUGCUCAGUCCCUCAUUUCUUCUCUUGGGGGGCAAGAUACAGACCUAAGGCAGGAAACCCCUGAGCCACGUAGUAGCGAAUAUAUAAAAAUGCUGCUAGAGAAGCUGGCGGACAGUUGUAUGGAUCCUACAGUGGCGGAGUCUUUAAAGGCAUUGAAGCAAAACGCCCCGGAGGAACCGCCCCCUCAGAAACUGGAAAAUGUUUCUCCAGCACAAGAUACAGACAGAGACGAUGUCCGACAAGAGCAGCAAAUAGUUUAUAAAGAUCAGACAACUGAUAAUCAAGAAAACACGGCAUCAUUUACAGAACAGCCCUCAGAGGAAGCCCAGCAGGCUGAGAGUAGCCACAGUGACCACCCAGUCCCCAUGGAGGAAAGUAUCCUGGAUCCGCCAUUGGAAAGUGCAAGCCCCUGCCCCAGCAACACUGCCGAAAAUAACUGCCUCCCACACGGUCCUAACACUGUGGAUUUGAAAAUGCACUGGAAACUUAUCCCCAUCACUGGAUUGAAGGUCACAGAAGAAGAACUUGUCUACGUUUCGGCAGAAGAUGCCCUUCCUAAUGACCCCAGAGCUGACCACAAGAGACGGGUGUCCUGCACGUCACCCCUUCACAACGCCACGAAGGACAGGCCGAGGCCCAGACAGGAGCGGAACCAUUGCAGGAUCAGGACCACCCCUUCGAGAACAGAGCGCAUCGUGCUGCAGAGUAAGCACUGCGACAACGGGCUGAUCGAGAACACCGUGCUGGAAGUCUAUAACACGUUUUCGGAGCAACUUUAUGAUGUUUUGAAACAAAAAGACAUCCCCUACGUGGUUACGGCAGCCCCUCCGCUUCUCUCGUCCGACGACCGCGUCCUUAAACUUUCCGACUGUCUGUAUGGGCAGGCGUCGGACAUCCCUGUACAGCAGUAUGUAGAUGACUUGCGCUCAAAGCUGGGGGGCGUUGUAUCCUCCCAUAUAUACCCCUAUGCCAUUGUCAGGCCAGUAACACCCGUCACAGAACCUUGCUUGGCCGCCCCAGAACCCAAUACAUUUAACCCUACACGGACUGUAAGCGAAUAUCCUCACACACACGAACAUUUCCAUGUCAAUGACUUACAUUCGCACGUUCAGGACGAGCCUCCGCCCCCCACGGACCACGUUUAUAAAUCCGGGGAGGAAAAUGCAGCAAAUGACAACGCUCUAUCCCAUAAUUCCAGAGAACUUCCUCCGGAGAAUCCGGAAACCAGCACACCGAGCGCAGCGGAUAUUUCCGCGCCGCAUUUGGCCAUUUCCAAUUUUAUCCACCAAAUGAACCCCGAGGUGUUCAACAACCUGAUGAAAAUCAUCACUCACGUGAACAAAAACAGUGUUAAGUUCUACAUUCACACCGAAGAGGAGAACGCCAUUUGCGACAAUAUUAAGGAGUACCUGUUAAAGCUGGGCAAUACCGAGUGCCGACCGGAGAAGUUUUUGGAAUCCAAAUCCAUGGCGGAUAAACUGCUUAUAAUUAUCCAGAAUGAAGACAUUCCAAACUGCAUUCACAGGGUCCCCGCGUUGGUCUUGCUCAAGAGGUUGCCGUCCGUCAGUUUCGCUGGAGUCGACAGUUUGGAUGAUCUGAAGAACCACACGUACAAUGAAAUCUUUGUGUCUGGAGGAUUCAUUGUGUCUGAUGAGAGCGUUCUGAAUCCGGACACCGUCAGUGUCGAUGAACUGAAGAAAUUUUUAUUGUUUCUGGAAGAAAUAAACAGCCCCGAUGCCAACUGGCAGUGGAAAAUCCAUUAUAAAUUUCAGAAACGGCUGAAAGAGUUAGCGAGGUUGAAUACAAACGCCCUAAAUAUCCUCACCCUCCUAACGGCCUAUCAGAAGAAGAACCUGGUGGAGAUCCUGUCCUAUCACUUGAGCUGUGAUCCGCAGAACCAGCAGGCACCGCAGCUCGAAUGUCUAGUCAAACUUCAGGUCCAGUACAUGAAGCAAAGGCACGUUCUAUUCCUGACAGAGAAGGACGCCGCCCGGUUCCCAGAUUACUGUGACAACGGAAUCGUGGUUACAAGAAUGGUGGAUUUCAUGGAAAAUUUUUCCAACCUCAUUGGUCACCACAAUCCCAACAACGAGGAGCACCGACUGUCACAGCUGACUGAUCAAGGAAACGAAAUGGCUCCCGGGGAAGCGGACAUGAAGGAGGAGGAAGACAUGUCUCUAGAUUCAGAGGAUGACACGCCCCCAAUUGAGGUUUGCGCGGACUCUUUGCAGCCCGAACCCCAUAAUCCGGACACUUCCAACGAGUUGGUUGACAAGGAUCCAACGGAAAGCCCUUGCAACCCAACUGCCAGUAAGACUCCGACCCUGGACGAGCUUCAGCCUAUCACUCCCGUAUCCACCACUGGCGAUAACAGCGUUUCCACGGGCGACGAGCUUGGCGGCAACGCCCAGGAAUACAACAGAGAAGUCAAUAUGUCCCACCAGUUCAGCCAUUUCAGUGUUCUGACCCAUCAAACUUUCCUGGGGUCCAUGUACCCGGCCCUCACCAACCCGACCCAAGCGGCGGAGAUCUGUUUCAUGAAUUCAUACGGCCAAGUAACGGAACCGGAGACGUCACAAAGUUCCGAGUGGAAACAAAAAUAACCCCUUGUUUUGUUACCGCCCCCCUCGUUUUGUUACCGCCCCCUCCUUUUGUUACCGGCCCCCUCGUUCUGUUACCGCCCCCCUCUUUUCACGUAAAAGGCAAAUAUUUAUAUAUCGAACUUUUCUAACCGUUCAGUACAAAGUACAUAUUUUAUUAAAUACCCAAAAGGGGGGGGGGGGGGGGGAACACUUUUUUAUUUUUUUCCCCUCCCGGAAUCAUGGCGGCACGUACCAUUCACGGCAUCUGCGAGCAAAUAAAUAUUUUUUUAAGACAUUGUAUGUGGGAAAACUUGCACUUUUUAUGUUUUUUUUGUAUCUCCGCAGUAUUUAGUGGCUUCGUUUGUUUUUCCUUUUCAGCCGAAUUAACCUGACGCGGUCGUUUUUGUAAAGCCGCUACUUUAUUGGGCGACGCAGUGUUAUGUAAAUAUUUUCCAAUGUUUCCUUUGUAAAGUUUUUUUUUCUUUUAUACAAGUUUCCGGUUUUAACAGAUUUACAAAUGGACGGGAUGUUUAUACGUAUAAAGGUGCAUUCUCUCUGUAUAUGAUUAAAUUUCAUGCACUUA